CGCGCAUGUCCUCGGAGCGAGAGGGUACGUUUCGCGUCUUGUCGUAUCUCUCCGGAGCUUUUCUACACGAUCACAGGAAAGAUUUCUCAGGAGCUCCGGACCUUUGUUGCGACGCGUACGUCGGCCUUCGCGUCGGUGCCACGGCCGCGUGUUCGGCGAGUAUCGCGAGUGGAGUCAAUUUCGCUGCAGUGUCGAAAACCGAACGAACGGUAGAGGGAAAGGGACGCGCGAGAGAAAGAGAAAGGGGGAGAGAGAGAGAGAGAGAGAAAGGAGAGAAUCAGCGAGAGGAGGACAGUCGGAGUGCGGCUCGUGAUCGAUCUCACGGUGUGUAACGUCAAGGUGUUUUCCUUCCGCGGUCUCCCGUCGCCGAGAUCUCUAUUAUGUCACCGGCCACGCGUGCCGGCAGAUCGCUCUGAUUCGAGGAACUCGCAAAGGACGCAAGAACGCCCGCCACGAUGCUGCCGCAGACACCUGACAUCAUCCCGACUACGCUGAAUCAGCAGAAAUGCGUGAAAGCACGAGCUCUGUAUGACAAUAUCGCCGAGGCGCCGGACGAGUUAGCUUUUCGAAAAGGCGACGUCCUCACCGUACUGGAGCAAAACACUGCUGGUCUAGAGGGAUGGUGGCUGUGCUCUCUGCGAGGUCGACAGGGCAUCUGUCCAGGAAAUCGAUUGAGGCUUCUGGUUGGCCAAUACGAUACGGGGGGUUGUUUGGUUGGCAGCAGGGCCGACCUAACCAUUUCAGAGGACGGCAUACAGAGACACGGGAAAAGGCGUAGCUGGCACGUACAGCCCAACAGGGUUGUGACGCCGCAAAAGUGUGGGGAUGUCUACCUGUACGAUCUCCCAGCAAGUCGCGGAAGUCCCGCGCCACCCUCCAGACACGAUUCACCCCUCAACUCGACGAACAAUGAACAUUCGCACAAUACGGGACGAUACACGAGCAACAACGUGCGGAGCUCCGUCGACAACGGGGGCGGCGAUGUGAACGAGUGUUAUGACGUACCGCCACGCGCGAUCCCGGUGAUCCCGUCGCCGGCGAGCAGCCCGAGCCCAGCCCCGUCGUGCUACGAUAUCCCAAGGCCGCCGACAUCCUGCACGCCCAACUCAAAUUGCUCUGGCGGCUCCGGUAUUACGCCGCUAGAUUGCUACGACGUGCCGCGACCCUUGCAGCCCCUCACACCCAGCAGCUCGGCCUCCAGCCUCACCAACGACGGCUCCCUCAGCGGAUCGAACAGAUCGAGUUUGGCCGCUCCGGAUUACGAUGUACCCCGACCGCGUCUUCCACCGUCCUCGUUGCCGUCCCGACACAACACCCCCGUACCGAAAACCCCGACACCGCCGCCACCCUCGCAACAGAUUUAUGAUGUACCAGUCAGCAAGGAACUUCCACUGGAACUGGAUUCCGCCCUGGAAGGUUUGCAAAGGUUGCAAAACGAGGCGUCCGUCGCGAUAGCGAGGUUACUGGGCUUCGUGAGCCCCGGUUGGAGAACACCGCAACGACUGGACGCCAUCCUUAUGGACCUGAGGCUGGCCGCUCUCAGGCUCAGAUCGUCUCUUCACGAUCUAGCUGAAUUUGCAGAAGGUACAUUGGGCAAUGCGAGCAAAGCACCGGAUAAGGGCUUAGCAACAAAAUUACGGCCACUCGUGAAGGCACUUCGUGAUUCCGACAAGCUCGUACAGGAAGCCGCCACCGAAUUGGACACUAUGGAAUGGGACGCAAGUAAGCUCUGUCGUGGCGGUGGUGAUACACCGACACCUACUAACGGACCCCCGUCUUCGCUUCUACCAUCUGGACAGUCAGAUCCCCUUGAUCAGCUGAUCGCGUGUGCUCGAGCACUCACGGAAGACGUUCGUCAGGUUGCUAGUUUCAUUCAGGGAAAUUCCACGUUGCUUUUCAAGCGAUCGUCGAUCAUCUCUACGGGCAGCAGCAACAAUAGCGGUGCCGGGGAGGAUUACGACUACGUGAAUCUUGAUUCGCGAGAGGUCGUAGCGAAGCAGCGAGAGGAACUGCGAACCUCGCUACCGCAGGAGCUGCGCAGCAAUUACGAUCUGCUGGUGUCCGAGGCGGACAAUGCCGCGAUUCAGAUGCCACCCACGACACCGACGCCCAUGGAUCCCAACGACAAGCAAUUGUUAGCCUUCUACGUUGCCCAGGUCAUCACGCACGGCGCACACCUGACUCACGCCAUCGACGCCUUUUUGCAGACGGUGGAACAUAAUCAACCACCCAAGGUUUUCCUAGCUCACGGCAAAUUCGUCGUGCUGAGUGCGCACCGGCUGGUGCACAUCGGCGACACGGUGCAUCGAAACGUGACGCGAAAUGACGUGCGAACGCGCGUGCUGCAAUGUGCGAAUGCUUUGAAUGAGGCGCUCGCGCAGACGGUGCAGAAGACGAAGCAGGCCGCCCAAUUCUUCCCGAGCGUCACCGCGGUCCAGGAGAUGGUCGACAGCGUCGUCGACGUUUCGCAUUUGGCUAAAGAUCUCAAGGUCGCUAUGAUACACGCCGCUCAGCAACCCUAAUUUUUACGACGAUUCGAAACGCGAAACCACAAGUUCCUUAAAUCGAAAUACAGUUCUCGAUAGAGAUUUUUCCUCGUUACGGAGAAAUUUCGAGACUGCAGAAGAGUCAAACGUAAUGCGUUUUAGGAUGGCCAUGAUUCAAAGAUAACGGUCGAAAGAUCAAAUCUGUUUUCCACUUUUUUUUUUUUUUU